CACACUCUUUUUUCAUCUCAUUCUUUAUUUCCGUGUGAAAUUUACAAGUUUGAUCAAUUAAGCAGUGAUCCGUACAAAAAAGAAAAGAAAAGGAAGUAAGGCUCACAUAGCUAGAUCUUUUACAAUUGCUCCUGACUCUCUCCAUUAGAAUAUCAGUCGUUAGAUUAAUCUAAUAAUUUAAGAUCAACACCCUUAAUCAUUUGAUUAAUCCCACUGCUAAGAUUUAGUCAUAGGAAAUGAGAAAUUGUGUAUGUUUUGUCCAAUAACAUAUCCUUUUUCAUACCACUCAUUCAUCCAUUUAAUGUUUGAUCUUCUAACAUAAGUAAAAACUGAAACAACUGAAAACUCGAGAUACACUGCAAUAAUUUUAUUUUUUAUUAUUUCCAUGUAAUUUAAUUUUUUUUUAUUAGGUAUGCUUAAGAGGGACUUAGUGAUCGAAAAACUGCUAGGUUUGUUAUAUUAUUGUACAACAUAUAGUAACAUAAAGUGUAUGCAUAUAUAUACUUGUGAUGUAGGAACUAAAUAGCCAAACAUAUGUGGUGAUGUUGUUGGCAUGUUGGUUAAUGACAGCUAUUGCUGGUCCUGUCUUGGCUAUCAUCGCAAAAACCCUUACAUCAAGCAAACUUCUUGGAAGUCAAAGGAAAAGUAUGCAUGGCACACGACCUGACUCACCGCUUAGAGUGUUGGCUUGUGUCCACUCAAAACACGAUGCGGAUGCCAUCAUCGACCUUCUCAAAGCAUCGAGUCCAUCAGUUAGGUCCCCAAUUCAGGUGUUGGCAGUGGAAUUGGUCAAGAUGACAGACCGACCAACUUCAUCGCUAAUCAUAAGAGACGCUCGGAAGCCAUCAUUUCGCUCCAAUUCAAGCAAGGUAUACAGCUUGAAGCGAGAAAAUGGGGACAACCUCGGCAGCUUUGACAACCUCAGCCAAGCCAUCUUUGCUGACAAACUCAGAAUUGUCUCCCACUACAAAUCCAUGCACAAAGACAUCAUAAACCUCUGCACCCGCAGACACGUCAACCUCAUCAUAACAACUCUAUACAAGCAACCAACCUACGAUGGAUUAGGCGCCGGCACAGCCACCGCUAGAGCCGUCAACAUCUUCAACAGAGACCAUGCAAGCAAAGAUCAGAAAAGAAUAGUUUUGGAGAACCUAGCAAAAGAAGCACCAUGUUGUUUAGCCAUUUUCGUCGACCGUGAUUUUGGCGGUGAGAAGCAUUCUAAAGUGAAGAAAAUAGCAAUGUUCUACAUUGGCGGUGUUGAUGACCGCGAAGCACUUUCUUAUGCUUGGAGAAUGAGUAGGAACAUGGAUGUUCAGUUAACAGUGGUGAGGCUUGUUUGGGACAAUCCUGAAGAUGAGUUUGGUGAAAUGGACAGAGAAUAUUUAAGAGAGUUUGUGUGUCAAACAGUUGAUACACCGACAAUGAGAUAUUUAGAAAAAGCGGUGAAAGAUGAGAAGGAAACUGUGAGGCUUUUAAAUAAGAUAGGGAAUAAAGGGUUUGAUUUGUAUAUUAUUGGGAGAGGACAUAGAAGGAAGAUGUCAUUGGCACAAACGUUGGAUCCUGUUUUGGACGAGCCUGUAUUGGGUCCUCUUGGUGAUACUUUGACUGAUUUGAAUUCUGCUGCUAAGACAUCCAUUUUGAUAUUUCAAAAAGAGGCUGAAAGUAAUGGUUUGUGGAAAAAAAAACGCACUGUUUCUAUUGCAUCUGCGCAGUUUUUUGCUGGUGGUAUGGAUCAACAGGAGCAGGCGUUGUUCCUCCACCAAUGACAUUUGAUCACAAUAUUACAUUGUCGU